AGGGCGCGCGGGCCGGGUAAGAGCAGAACGCUGCGCCGGGCGGAGCGAGCGCGUUGUGUUAGGCGGACGGUUCCACCGGCUCCCGCGCUCUAGCUGCCCUCGAGCGGCGUGCCCGGCUGCAGCCCGCCGCGGAGACGCCUCCGCCGCGCGCCCCGACGGCGCCCUCCCGCUCGCCCGCAGAUGCUGGAGUGAGCGUUGCGGCGGCGGGAUGCUGGCGCUGCUGGCCGCCGGCGUGGCGCUCGCCGUGGCCGCCGGCGCCCAGGACGGCCCGGCGCCCGGCAGCCGAUUCGUGUGCACCGCGCUGCCCCCGGAGGCGGCGCGCGCCGGCUGCCCGCUGCCCGCGAUGCCCAUGCAGGGCGGCGCGCUGAGCCCCGAGGAGGAGCUGCGGACCGCGGUGCUGCAGCUGCGCGAGACCGUCGUGCAGCAGAAGGAGACGCUGGGCGCGCAGCGCGAGGCCAUCCGCGAGCUCACGGGCAAGCUGGCGCGCUGCGAGGGGCUGGCGGGCGGCAAGGCGCCGGGCCGGACGGCCGCGGGCAAGGACACCAUGGGCGAUCUACCGCGGGACCCCGGCCACGUCGUGGAGCAGCUCAGCCGCUCGCUGCAGACCCUCAAGGACCGCCUGGAGAGCCUCGAGCACCAGCUCCGAGCGAACGUGUCCACCGCGGUGCUGCCCGGCGACUUCCGAGAGGUCCUCCAGCGGCGACUGGGGGAGCUGGAGAGUCAGCUGCUGCGCAAGGUGGCCGAGCUGGAGGACGAGAAGUCCCUGCUUCACAAUGAGACCUCCGCUCACCGGCAGAAGACUGAGAGCGCGCUGAACGCUCUGCUGCUGAGGGUGACUGAGCUGGAGCGAGGCAACAGUGCGUUCAAGUCUCCUGAUGCGUUCAAAGUGUCCCUCCCCCUCCGCACAAACUACCUGUACGGCAAGAUCAAGAAGACGCUGCCUGAACUGUAUGCCUUCACCAUCUGCCUGUGGCUGCGAUCUAGCGCCUUGCCGGGCAUCGGCACCCCGUUUUCUUACGCGGUGCCUGGGCAGGCCAAUGAGAUUGUGCUGAUAGAGUGGGGUAACAACCCCAUUGAGCUGCUCAUCAACGACAAGGUUGCACAGCUGCCCCUGUUCGUCAGUGACGGCAAGUGGCACCACAUCUGUAUCACUUGGACAACACGGGAUGGCAUGUGGGAAGCUUUCCAGGAUGGAGAGAAACUCGGCACGGGGGAGAACCUGGCCCCCUGGCACCCUAUCAAGCCAGGUGGGGUGCUGAUCCUUGGGCAAGAACAGGACACUGUUGGGGGCAGGUUCGACGCCACACAGGCAUUUGUGGGGGAGCUCAGCCAGUUCAACAUAUGGGACCGCGUCCUUCGCGCACAAGAAAUUGUCAACAUCGCCAACUGCUCCACAAACAUGCCAGGCAACAUCAUACCCUGGGUGGACAACAACGUUGAUGUGUUUGGAGGGGCUUCAAAGUGGCCCGUGGAGACCUGUGAGGAGCGUCUCCUUGACUUGUAGCUACCUUCUUCUCUGUCUAGGGACCUGGGGCUGGUGUCUCCUGUCGGAAGUGCAAGGCCACCUGCUCCCCCAAUUAAACUGUGUAUAGAGCCCCUGCCACAGUGGCCUGGGGCCCCCAAAGCUUGUUCCCAGGGAAUCUCUAAGACUGAGGCUCUGUGGCAGCACCUGUCACUGGAUUCUUUGUUCCUUCCCAAGAUUUUGUUGUGUCGAGUAGGGAAGAGGCCCUGAGUUGCAGGUGGGAAGAUACCUGACUUCCUGCUGGGGGUGGGGGGGAUCAAGGUCUUCGGGGCCCUGUUCAGAGCCCCUACAGUUGCUAGUGAAUCACAGCCUUGCCUACCCUCCCGGAUCCUUGGUGUCUCACGUGCGCCUUCUGUCUGUCCCCUUUCGAGGCCAUGUGGCCAUCCCACCCGAGUAUCUGUGUCCCUUAUGUAUCGAGUGUAUCCUGCUGUCCGCUGAUCACGCAGCAAAGCAGCCCCCACCACCCGCGGAAGGGCUUUCUCUUGGUGUUCUUUCCGCUGUAAGGAACCCUUGAGCUUGAGGAAGGCAGGCUGCCCAGACAAUGCCCUGCCUUCUCCAAGGUGGAGGGGGCGUCACUGCCUCUAGAGGGGGCUGGGAGCUGGAACUCAGAAGGGCGUUCUGGAGAAGGGCCGCGGCAGCCUUCCAUGCCCCUCUGUCACCUCUCCCUCCGACCGAUGCUUUGAUAGGAUCAUCGCUGGGAAUGGCUUCUCUGAAAAGCCUCUUCACUCCUCUGGUGCCAAACGUUCAGUUGCAGCUUCUACAACCAUCCGGUGUGGUUAGGGGGAUUUCAUUUUUUUUCCUAACAGAAAAGAACAGCCAUUAUUAGCAGGCUCCCAUUUUUGAUGUUUCGCCCCACUGUGAGGAAUGUGCUAGUUUUCAUUCACGUUGAUUGCUAUAAGCUGUGGACUGUCUCAAGGAUUUCCCCCAGAACUUCUUCAGGAAAAGGAAGUCAUUCGGCCGAUAGUUGCUUAGUGACUCCAGGCUGCUUAAUUUAUUGGACAGAGGAUAGUAAUUUAUUUUAAGGACAAAGUGGUAAAGUGGGGGAAAUUUAUAAAGUUAAAUAUUAUAUAUUUUAUUUUUCAUACAUGUUUCAAGUGCGAAUUGUGGAAAUUCCAUUUGUAGGACCAAGCUGACAUGCCCAUCCCAACAUUGUAUGCUAUGAGAACUCUUCGGAUGAUGGAAUUCUGAUUAAAGUGCACUGGAAGAUG